CCAGUUUCAAAUAAAUUAAGCGUAUAACUCACAUGAUUUGUGGUAUUUGCCUUUAUUAAAAGUUUCAACGGAAAGAUGGUGUAUAGAGGAAGAGACGUGCUUCUCGAAUGUGAAGAUCACAACAGCUUCUGGUACCUGGAGAAUAGUGUAAGAUGCGGUCCAUCCGCUGAUAUCAAGAUGGUGGAUAGGCCACAGGUCAACCCGGGCCUUGAAAACUUCUCCUCCUGGUAUUCAGCUUUCCAUGGUUACGCCAGUCUGUGCGUCUGUAUGUCCGGGAUAUUGUUAAAUAUAUUCAACGUAACGGUACUGACUCGUAAACACAUGCAUACUCCAGUAAAUCACAUCUUAACUGGAUUAGCAAUCUCAGAUAUUACCACCAUGCUAUCGUAUGUGCCUUUUGCCAUUCAUUUUUAUUGUGUUUAUCCGACGGAUGUCAGUACUCCAGAGAAGAACAGCAUUUAUUGGAUGACCUUUCUGUUGUUCCAUAUCAACUUGACAACGGUAACUCAUACUAUUUCUAUAUGGCUCUGUGUAUCGCUAUCCAUCAUCAGAUUCUUGCACAUUCGUUCUCCGACUCGUGCCAGAUCUAUACGGAUAGCUCGGAUAAAGCAGUCCAAGUAUCUGGUGUUGCUAGUUUACUUUGCCUCAGUGGUCGUCAUGGUUCCCAAUUAUUUAACAAAUGAACUCAAACCCGUUCAGAUAUCCAACAACGAAACCAAUUCAACGCUAUACGUCCUGGAGAGCUUAAGAUUAGGCAAAAACGACACGGGACCCCUGGUCCUCAUUAAUGUGUGGAUGUACGCUGUUGUGGCUAAACUCACUCCGUGUUUGUUAAUCACCGUCUUCGGCUGUAUGCUCCUGUAUCAAAUGCAGGUCCAAGUACGGAAGAGAAGAAGCAUCAUAGCCAAAUUCAGCGGAUCGAGUGGCAUUAAGCUACGGGAACACUCUCGGACAACAAAGAUGCUCAUAUCAGUGAUCGUGUUGUUUAUUGUUACGGAACUACCGCAAGGUGUUUUAAUUGUGUUAAGUGCUUGUAAAAAGAAUUUCUUUGAUACGGUAUAUUUACCCCUAGGUGAUAUUAUGGAUAUUGUUGCCCUGGUUAACAAUGCCGUCAAUUUUGUACUUUACUGUUCUAUGAGUACUAAAUUCCGCGAAACUUUCCUCAGACAAUAUUGUUCUGUGCCUAAAUUCCAAAAAGCAGACAAUGGAUUUAAUUUACGUGAGAAAUUUGAUUCCUUCAGUAAUAAUAAUCAAGUUUAAAUAGUCCAUUAUUAAAAAACAUUUUGUUCAUCAA